AUGGACAUCCCAGAAGUGGCCAGAGAAGCAAAACCAGCACCAGCACAUCCAGUUGCAAUUAAAAUCAACGAAAUUGCAGAGCUACUCAACAGAUAUCAGACGAUGGCUAAACUGCUAGCCGUAACAGCUAUGGUCAACAGAGCUAUCGACAGAUUCAGGAGGCAGCCAACGCCCUCGGGACCUGUCUUGACAACAAGAGAACUCAACGACGCGAGUUUAUUUUGGGUAAAGAUAACCCAACAUCAAUACUUUGGGCCAGCCAUUCGAGUACUGCAGAGAAAUCACCAACUACCACGAAAUCAUCAACUAGCCAAGCUGACACCCACACUAGACAGCGAAAGGAUCAUGAGACUUGGGGGACGCCUCAAGAACUCGCAGUUGAAUCCAGACGAAAUUCACCCAAUAAUCUUGCCUCGCCAGUCACGCCUCACCACACUAGUCAUCGAAGAAGCUCACCGCAACACACUACACGGAGGAACUCAACUCACCUUGGCCUACACACGUCAUAGGUUCUGGACAAUCGGCGGCAGAGGCACAGUUAGAGCAUAUAUUCCACGCUGUGCCAUCUGCACCAGACACCGAGGAAGACAGGCCCAGCAACAGAUGGGUCAACAACCAGCAACGAAAAUCUCACCAGCAAGAGCAUUUCUCCACACAGGGGUGGACUAUGCAGGACCAUUCGCCAUCCUCAAAUGGAGACCAACGAAUGCACAACCAAGGUCAUUGCACAUUGCAGUUUUUGUGUGCUUCACAACAUUAGCAGUUCACCUAGAGCUAGUCACCAGACAGACAACGGACAUCUUCAUCGGAGCCUACAAGAGAUUCACCGGAAGGCGCGGUAUUCCAGCUGUUAUGUACAGUGAUAAUGCCACUACCUUCGUGGGCGCAGCAGAGGUCCUAGAGAAAAUCUAUCACCGAACAUCCAGAAAAAAUCAGCAGGUUCAGGCUGCUCUCACCACCAAUGGGACUCAAUGGAGCUUUUCACCACCACGAGCACCCCAUUUUGAUGGCAAGUGGGAAGCAGCCGUGAAAUCAACAAAAUAUCACCUUAGAGGAGUCUUGGGGACAACAACACUCACAUUUGAGGAACUCAACAGUGUCGUGAUCCAGAUAGAGGGCUGCCUAAAUUCCAGGCCAAUCUGCCCCAUAUCAGAUGACCCAGACGAUCUCCACGUACUCACCCCAGGACACUUCCUGAUAGGUGAGCCUCUUCAACUGAUUCCAGACCCAUCAAUCAUCGACAAGAACCCCAGCAAACUACAGAGAUGGAACCUGGUAACGCAGCUAACUCAACAAUUCUGGUCCAGGUGGGCCAAAGAGUGUCUUCAACGAUAUCAGGCAAUCUACAAGUGA